AUGAUGUUUUAUAACGACAUUGCUCAGUCACCACCGCCCGGACGUUCAGCCAUCGUCUCCCGUCUAAGUGUUGUGAAAAGUGAGAUGGGGACCAAGGCAAAGAAAGCUAUGAAGAAGAACAUGAAAAGGGUUACCGCUAAAAUUAAGCCAUCUGAGGGUGCUGAUUUUUUGCCAUUGGCGGGUGGUCCGGGUCGCAAGCUUCCUGAACUUAAACCUCUGGAGAAUACUUCACCUGUUUUGUACAUUGGUAGAAUUCCACAUGGCUUCUAUGAGAAGGAGAUGGAAGCUUAUUUUGCACAAUUUGGAACCAUCAAGAGAUUGAGAAUAGCCAGAAAUAAAAAGACCGGAAAAUCCAGACAUUUUGGGUUCAUAGAAUUUGAAUCUCCCGAGGUUGCAAAAAUUGUUGCUGAUACUAUGCACAAUUAUUUGCUUUUCGAACACCUUCUUCAGGUUUAUGUGAUACCUUUAGAAAAUGUUCAUCCAAGAUUAUGGAAAGGAUUCAAUUACCGUUACAAGCCCUUGGACUCUCUCCAAAUUGAACGAGAGCGACAUGACAAGGAAAGGACACUGGAAGAACACAAAAAGUUGGUUGACAGGGUUAUGAAACGUGACAAAAAACGCCGGAAAAGGAUAGAGGCUGCUGGCAUUGAUUAUGAAUGUCCCGAGAUUGUGGGUAACCUCCAGCCUGCUCCAAAGAAGAUAAAGUUCGAAGACUGA